AUGCUCGCUCGGCACGCUCCCGCUACCCAGGUAGUCACCGGUGCCUCGCACCGCGUGCUGCCCUCCGCCUCGGCCGCGGCUCGCCUCUCCGCUACCACCUCGUCCGCCCGCCGCCAGCAGCGCAGGAACCUCGCCACCGUCCAGGACACGCCUGUCCACCGCCACGGCGGCCUCAAGGACCAGGACCGCAUCUUCCAGAACCUCUACAGCCACCAUGGCGCCGACCUCAAGAGCGCCAUGAAGUACGGCGACUGGUACAAGACCAAGGAGAUUGUCCUGAAAGGCCACGACUGGAUUAUUUCCGAAAUCAAGGCUUCCGGUCUGCGCGGUCGUGGUGGUGCCGGUUUCCCCUCGGGUCUGAAGUGGUCUUUCAUGAACUUCAAGGAUUGGGACAAGGACAACAAGCCCCGCUACCUCGUCGUCAACGCCGAUGAGGGUGAGCCCGGUACUUGCAAGGACCGUGAGAUUAUGCGCAAGGACCCCCACAAGCUCAUUGAGGGCUGCUUGAUUGCCGGCCGUGCCAUGAACGCGACCGCCGCCUAUAUCUACAUUCGUGGUGAAUUCUAUCACGAGGCUACCGUCCUUCAGCGCGCUAUCCAGGAGGCUUACCAGGCCGGCCUCAUUGGCAAGAAUGCCUGCGGUUCCGGCUACGACUUCGACGUCUACGUCCACCGUGGUAUGGGUGCCUACGUUUGCGGCGAGGAGACUUCUCUUAUCGAGUCGCUCGAGGGCAAGCCCGGCAAGCCCAGGUUGAAGCCCCCGUUCCCCGCUGCCGUCGGUCUUUUCGGCUGCCCCUCCACCGUCACCAACGUCGAGACUGUCGCUGUCGCCCCCACCAUCUGCCGUCGUGGCGGCAACUGGUUCGCUUCGUUCGGCCGUGAGCGCAACUCGGGUACCAAGCUCUUCUGUAUCUCCGGCCACGUCAACAACCCUUGCACCGUUGAGGAGGAGAUGUCGAUCCCGCUGCGCGAGCUGAUCGACAAGCACUGUGGUGGUGUUAUUGGUGGCUGGGAUAACCUGAAGGCCGUCAUUCCCGGUGGUUCAUCGACUCCCAUUCUCCCCAAGCACGUUUGCGACGACCAGCUCAUGGACUUUGACGCUCUCAAGGACUCGCAGUCUGGUCUUGGUACCGCUGCUGUCAUCGUCAUGGAUAAGUCCACUGACGUUGUCCGUGCCAUUUCCCGUCUCAGCAAGUUCUACAAGCACGAGUCUUGCGGCCAGUGCACCCCUUGCCGUGAGGGUUCCAAGUGGACCUACCAGAUCAUGAACCGUUUCGAGAAGGGCCAGGCGCGCGCACGUGAGAUCGACAUGAUGCAGGAGCUCACCAAGCAGGUCGAGGGACACACCAUCUGUGCCCUGGGCGAGGCCUUUGCUUGGCCCAUUCAGGGUCUUAUCCGCCACUUCAGGCCUGAGCUUGAGGCUAGAAUACAGGACUUUGCGGCGAAGAAUGGCGGAGAGGCGCUGGCUGGUGGUUGGGCACACGACGCCUCGAAGAAGGGCCAGCUUAUUGCUCCGGGACAGUAA